AUGACUGCUAUCGAACUGAGCCGGCACGAUAUCAACGUGCUUGAGAAGAUCAAAGACCCAGAGUCAAACCCAACUGCGGGCAUCAUCAUCGAUGACACUCUACCAAGGGAUCCUCAUAUCAUUGAUUCCACAGUAUAUGACCGAGUGGUAGAGAAGGAACGCCAAAUCAUCCAAUCUCUGCAGAAGCUUGAAAUCCAGCUAAGCCAGUCGAUGGCUGAGAAUGGAACCGAAACCGCGAUCCAAGGCUAUAAGGAUUGUGCUUCUGAACUGGGCAAUUUAAUAUCUGAAUAUCCCGACUACGCUAGUGCCAGGAACAACCGAGCGCAGGUCGUCCGGCGGCUCUAUGGAGAUGCAAUGCUGAUGUCCGAGAUUACCGGUAUGCCGAUGCCGCUGGUUGAGCAACCGGAUAGAGGCGAGAAACGCACAGCUUCCGCAAGCGCGCUGGCAGACCUCGAACAAUCCAUUCUCCUCCUCUCACCACCAUCGUUGUCAACUCCACUAUCACCACAAGCGGCACGAACGUUAUCCAUGGCGCACACCCAGAGAGCAGCCAUCUACUUGAAGACUGCUAAAUUAUUGGCAUUCCGAUCUCUGGAUAUUGAUGAGAAUCGGCGAGAGGUCCACUGGAGGAAGAUAGAUUUUGAAGAGGCUGCAUCGCGAGACCUUGCGCUUGGCGGGAGAUACGGUAACCAGAUUGCGAAAGGAUUGGCCGUGAGUGUCAACCCCACGGCAAAGCUCUGUGGGCAGAUUGUGCGCGAAGCGAUGAAGAAGGAAUACGGUCCAUCAUUUGGCGAAUAA